AUGACCGACAUGGACAGCCGCAUCCUGCAAGUCCAGACCAUGACUGGGUAUCACUUACAGAACAAGCUGCUAUGUGCAGAAGCCUUGCAGAUGAAGGAACCGAAUUGUCCUCUUCGCGUCGAAGGAACACUCCAUCUCUUCCACAAGAACAGAGACCUCGAGUUGGUCGGAGACGCUGUCAUCGAUGCUGUGCUAGCUACUAUGUGGUACGAAGCACGCGAUCACAAGGGUGAGCGUUACAGCCUCGCAGCUUGGACCCAGAUGCGCAACGAUCUCGUCAGCAAUGAGAAGUUUGCUGAACGUGGGUUCAGCCUUGGACUGGACAAGCUCAUCAUCAUGAACCGGGGCAUGAGCAGCCCAUCUAACGACAUGGUGGCGAACACCUUCGAAGCCAUUGUGGGAGCGAUACACGUAGAUGCACGAGAUGCAUCUUUCGCCGCUGUUCGCAAUGCUCUCGAGCACAUGGGGUUCUUUGACCACCCUCUACUCUCUGGGUCGUCCACUGUCCAGCACAUCACCACUGGACUUGCCGCCACCACUCUUGCCUAG